GGGAGACCAGAUAUAGUGAAUGCAGGGUCCGGGGAGACCAGAUAUAGUGAAUGCAGGGUCCUGGGAGACCAGAUAUAGUGAAUGCAGGGUCCGGGGAGACCAGAUAUAGUGAAUGCAGGGUCCGGGGAGCUAGAUAUAGUGAAUGCAGGGUCCGGGGGAGACCAGAUAUAGUGAAUGCAGGGUCCUGGGAGACCAGAUAUAGUGAAUGCAGGGUUCGGGGGAGACCGGAUAUAGAGAAUGCGGGGUCCGGGGAGAUCAGAUAUAGUGAAUGCAGGGUCCAGGGAGACCGGAUAUAGUGAAUGCAGGGUCCGGGGAG